AAUCCCGAACAACCAGCAACAGCUUUCUAAACAUAAUCAACCUGAAUUGUAACAAUUACAAAACCCAGCAUUGGUCAACCCAAUCUCUUAAGUGUGCUGCCAUUUUUUCAAAGUCUCGUGGAUACGAGGUAGCUGACACACUAGGUGCGCUUGCAUCGGCGUCCAGAUUGAACCGCCAUUGUAUCGUCAGCCGGGAGAGUUGGUUACUUCCACUAAUUAUAGGAAAGGGUAUUGAGUGUUUCUCGGCCGCUUGGCAUGGAAAAUAGUUUUGGGGCUCCUACAAGCUCUCUGUCUCAAAGAUCCAUUCUACCACUUCCCGACAAUCACAGAUCAACAUUCUCACUAUACAGUCUCCAGUCACUAGCUUCUGGCAUCCCCACCAAUAUAAACGAACAACAAACCCUUGUUUCCAUUCCUGUUUCUCUUGUUGACAGAGGCAAGGCAUCAAGCUCUACCAAAAACGCCGCGGCUUCUAUGGCUGCUAUGGUAGAACCCUUGACAGCACAUGACGGAGGGGAUUCACAUUUCACCAAUGACGAUGCUACGCAACAGCCAGCGUCUAAAUGCAACAACCCCUUCAAUCUCAACUUCAAAGAAACAGGUAGUGGCUUUGCCAAAAGCACCCCGUCAACGCCUAGCGAGCAUAGCUCUGGUUCUGACGCGCUGCCUUCUGCUGUAGGGUUGGCAGUCCCAGUGAGGAGGAUGUGUCUAGUACUUAUUUGUGCCGCACCAGGGAGGCAAAGCCUGCAUUAGCUUCUAUGCCUGUAAGUGUACCUACGUCUGCAUCUGCGCCCGAUAUUUUUGACGGUAGUGUGGUUGAAAGAGAGGUAGGAACAAGAGAGAGGGGAAGCGUGAAGGGAAUAGCUCAACAGAAAUCAGAGAAAAUACCUUUGUUUUUACAGCGGCUGUUUAAUCGAAACAAGUCAAAGAAGGAUAAGUAGGAGUGGGUUGUAAUAGCCAAUUGAUUAGAUGUUGUUGUGGUCAGGUGCUAUCAAUUAGAGUUGACAAUUCCUACCUGCAUGUAUUUAAUCAUUAGCUAUUGAGUUGUGAUAGGCACCAUAUACUGCAUGCGCUGGUAUGUACUUGCGCUGACUGGGAAGCAAGCUACGCAAUCUCCAGUCAAUAUGUGUGUGUAU